UAAGCUGAAAGCAUCAUCUCAGUGGUUAUAGUCUUAGUGUGUUAUACAUCAUCCCAUGUAUAUUUGCUCUAGAUCACAUCUCUAACCAAUUCCAAAUUCUUUACAAAACUCUCUUGCCAUCAAAUCUCUCUUUCUCACUCUCAACUCUUCAUUUGUGUGUGUGAGAGUGAGUAACAUUUGAAGCAGGAAGUAUGCAAAGAUCUUGGGAUGAAGAGCUUCCAGAUUGUUGCUAUGAACAGAAGCAACCAAGCUUGAUCAAACCCAGCAUCCCCACCCCAAAUCACAUGCUUUAUCUCUCCAAUCUUGAUGACCAAAAGUUCCUUAGAUUCUCAAUCAAAUAUCUUUAUCUUUUUCAAAAGUCUGUACCCAUCAAUCUCCUCAAACAUUCUCUCUCUAAGGUUCUUGUUCAUUACUACCCAUUAGCAGGGAGACUGAAAACCCUACAAUCAUCUCAUGAACAUGAUGAUGAUGAUAGGCUUCAGAUUGACUGUAAUGGUGAAGGUGCUGUUUUUGCAGAAGCAUCUAUGGAUAUGAGUGCUCAAGAGUUUCUUGAGGUUUCCAUGAAACCAAAUAAGUCAUGGAGGAAGCUGCUUUUUAGGGUUGAUGUUCCAACUUUUGUAGAUACUCCCCCUCUGGUUGUUCAAGUGACAAAACUUCGUUGUGGAGGAAUGAUCUUGUGUACAGCCAUUAACCAUUGUUUUUGUGACGGCAUUGGUACAUCACAGUUCCUCCAUGCUUGGGCUCAUCUCACCACCAAACCAACUGACAGUGUGCCCAUAACCCCAUUCCAUUCUCGCCACGUGUUCAAGCCACAUUCACCCUCUUCACACUUACCAUCAGUUCAUCCUGCAUAUACCAAAAAUGCCACUAACCAAGCUAUCUCCCUUAACCACUAUUUACCAUCUCAGCAACUAGUUCCUGUGUCAUUGACCUACACUAGCUCUGAUAUCCUUUCACUCAAAAGUCAAUGUGUGCCAUCAAUGAAAUGCACCACGUUUGAGGUCUUAGCAUCUCACACAUGGUGUUCAUGGGCUAGAUCACUCAAUCUAGCACCAUCACUUGAGGUGAAGCUCCUGUUUUCCAUGAACAUUCGAAAUAAAGUGAUUCCUAAAAUUCCGGAAGGGUAUUAUGCCAACGGGUUUGUGUUGGCGUGUGCGAAGACUAGUGUAAAAGAGUUGGUUAAGGGUGAUUUGUACCAUGUUGUCACACUGGUUCAAGAAGCUAAGUCAAGCCUCACCGAUGAUCGCGUAAGUGGGAUCUUAGAGUUGUUGAAUGACAAAAGUGUGAAAACUGAUCUGGCUACAAGUUUAGUUAUAUCACAAUGGUCUAAACUUGGGUUAGAGGACUUGGAUUUUGGAGAAGGAUUGCCUUUGUAUAUGGGCCCUCUUACUAGUGACAUCUAUUGUUUGUUUUUGCCCGUCGUAGGUGAUUCUAGUGCGGUUCGAGUGCUUUUGUCGUUGCCCAAGAGCGUCGUGAGCAAAUUCGAGUAUUACAUGAAGAAGUUUCUUGAUUCAGACAACGAGGUGGCAAACUAAAAUGAUGAGGGUGUGACAAUAUUGUUCAGUGAACUUGAUUGUAGCACACCAUUAACAAACACAUGUUAACGACUCUUAUUUUCUAUUUCGUGGUGAUGAUGCGUGUGAAGCAUACGUAACCAUUGGGAUGCGACACAUGUAUUUUAUGCUAUAGGUACGUAUGUGGAGUUUUGAGAUUAGUUUA